CACACAUCGGGAAUGCAGUGAGGAGCUGCUGCUGCUGCUAAAGGCCUCAGGAUCCGUCACAAAGUAGGUUAACGACGAUAAACCUAAAAGAAAGUUGUCUCGGGAUAACUUUCACCGAGCUUUAAACCAUAAAGCAGAGCCGCAGAUUGAGUUUGUGUCGCGCUUUCCUGGCGAUGAGACUGAAGGGAAGAGGAGAGUCACUGUAAAGGUACUGUAAAAGCCUGCCAUGUCCGGUCCCACCUGGCUUCCACCGAGAACUCUGGAUAGCCCAGAGAGAACCGUCCCCCAAAUGUCUCACUCUGCCGGAUCAGCGAUCUAUCGAGCUCCCAACAAGAAGGGGACUUCCGACUUCCGGCCGAAAUAUGGCCACUACGACCAGAACGGAGGAGGUGGAGGAGGAGGAGGAGGAGGAGGAAGUGGAGGAGGUGGAGGGAUGGCCAAUAGGUACAUGGCUACCGGACCCACAGGUGGGCCUAGUCAUCACCCGUCAGGCGAGCACUAUUACGCUCCUCCCCACGGUCCCAAAGAAGAGCGCAACUGGAGCCCUCACAUGGACAGCUACGAGCUGAUGCACCGCGGUCCUGAGAAGCCAGUGAGCUAUCACUCCAAAAUCGAUGCUGACAUUGACUCCCUCACCAGCAUGCUCGCUGAUCUGGACAGCCACCCACAGGACACCAGCACACAACUGUACGACAACGUGCCUUACAACAAGUACCUCCCGGCGGAUCACUACAAGCCGGCGCACCAGAGCGCACCCGUUCCUCAGGGCCGGCCGACUAUGGGCUACCCCCCUCAUCCCCAGAGCCAAUACCACCAGGCCCCCCGCUACCCCGGCGAGCACCAGUCCCCGCAGUACCCCACCUCCCACCAGCAGGACUACUACUCCCCCUCUCCUACCCCUAAGCUUUACCCCCAGCCCGUCCCUGCCUCUUACACCACCGCCUCCACCCCGACCGGGCCCAGGUUCAGCGUCCAGGUGAAAACAGCGCAGCCUGUCACUUACAAUCAGACGGGGAGGCAGGCGGAGCAGGCCUACACCCCCCCGCCUCCGCGCCAGCAUGUGUCCCGCCCACCUCCUCAGACUCAGACCAGUCAGCAGGGCUGGUACCCGUCACACGCCGGGUCUCAAACUCAGGAGAUGCACUCGGAGGCGGUGUACAAAGGGGGCGGCUCCGGAGGGAGGGGUAACCAGGUGCCACUGACCAAGAGAGGGAUGGAAAACAAUCACACAGGGCCAGGGGCCGCACAGAGCCCGGCUUAUCAGUCCAGCAAGCAGGGCAUAGCAACAAGCCGGCCUGAGGACGAGCUGGAGCGACUUACUAAGAAGUUGGUAUAUGAUAUGAACCACCCCCCCGUCGAGGACUAUUUUGGCCGCUGUGCCCGGUGUGGCGACAACGUGGUCGGUGACGGCAGCGGCUGUAUCGCCAUGGAGCAGGUGUUCCACGUGGAGUGUUUCACAUGCAUCACCUGCCACGCCCGUCUCCGAGGGCAACCCUUCUACGCCCUCGACAAGAAGAGUUACUGUGAGAGUUGUUACAUUAGUACAUUAGAGCGCUGUUCAAAGUGCUCCAAGCCCAUCCUGGACCGUAUCCUGCGCGCCAUGGGGAAGGCCUACCACCCUCGCUGUUUCACAUGUGUGGUCUGUAACUGCUGUUUGGACGGGGUUCCCUUCACUGUGGACGCCACCUCUCAGAUUCACUGCAUAGACGACUUUCAUAGGAAGUACGCUCCACGCUGUUCAGUGUGUGGCGAGCCCAUCAUGCCCGAACAGGGUCAGGAGGAGACGGUGAGGAUAGUCGCUCUGGACCGAAGCUUCCAUGUUAACUGUUACGUCUGUGAGGAAUGCGGUCUCCUGCUGUCCUCUGAAGGCGAGGGCCGGGGCUGUUACCCGCUGGACGGCCACAUCCUGUGUAAGAGCUGCAGCGCCUGCCGCAUCCAGGACCUCUCGGCCAAAAUCUCCACUGACUGCUAACAAACCUGCUCCCACCUUUUCAGCACACGUUACACAUUGAGGGCGCUGACAGGAAUAACCCCUGCUGUGCUCAGACUCCUGAGGCGCUUUCGCACCCCUCUUUUCAGACUGAGUUAACUUUGCUACAGCUCCCUCUGUUGGUAUCCAGCUGUAAUUUCACUUGCAGAAGAACAUUUUUUGACAUGGAGUUACGACCUCUUUAGUUUCCUUUCAUUCAGAUGUCCUGCACAACUUUCCUUCUUUGUUUUCGGUACACAUCUGCUCCUUUUUACACGUUUAGUUCAGUUUAAGUUUGACAGUGGCCUGACCUGCAGGCAGCUUGGGCUCCACUUACCAUUUGUUCGGUACUGCUCAGCUAUUAGCUUGCACAUUAUAAUAACUGUCAAAGACAAUGAAAGUAAGGAAGGAUAUUACACAUUUAGACCGGGAAAUGAAGCAGAGGAUGAAUACUAAUUAGACAAUACAAUAGGACAUGUACAUUUCUAGGGGUGCAGAACUGCCUCAAAACAAGCGAUAUAAAAGCAACAACUGUGACUGUACAUAAAAGGCUGGUUUGGUUUGACAUUUAUAACUAUUACAGAUUGUUUUGAAAAGCUUUUGUGCCGUGGAUCUUUGCAGAGAGGUAGCCGCAUAGCAGGAGAAAUGUAGACGAGAGGAAUGUGUAGUCAACCUUUUAUUCUUUAGCUUUCAUUAAAUGCUAGUACAAUAUUCGCUAGAACAAAUCCCGCAUUAAUCUCACGCUUAAAACAGGAUCGUUGUCAUUUUUCGAUGAGUAUUUUUGAUCGUCUCCAAAUCCCAGUCAUGCUUUUUGUUAGUUGGUUGAUGCUUGACCUUUACAUUGAAGACGAUGGUGCAAUGAAGUCUUAGGAAAACAGGGUGUUGGUUACUCAUGAGGUGUGAAAUCGACCUAUUGUGUAAAGAGUUUUGGAAGUGAAAGACUCAAAUUGUACUCAAUUUUAAAGCGUGUCGGGUAAACUUACUUGAGAAAUCUUUUUACAUCAUGGUUCUUAACUUUCAACAACAUGAAAGGGGUAUUUAAUAUGGUGUAUUUCCCCCCACACAUUGAUUGUGAUUUUGAACAUCCUUGCACUCAUGUGGGUCGAGACUUUAGAGCCACAGAUUUGUUACGACUGUGUUUAACCUCCGCGUUUCCGUCCUCAUUUUGUACUAGUGUAACUUAAAGGGCUUAGGAAUGUAAAAACCUUAACUCAAGGAUGUCAUUUAGUUUCAUUAUAAUCCCUUUUUUGAAACCCCUUGUCUGUGAAUCUCACCUAUUUCUUGUUUAUCGUGCUAAAACGGUUCAGAGUCUCUUGUUAAUUUAUCUCAUGUAUAUAUACUGUUGCAUAUUAGUCUGCUUUUUAUCAUUCAUGUCAUUUCAUUCAUGCCCAAAAGUGUCAUUUAAAAAAAUCGGACCCAUGCCAACUCUUGUGUCAAACACCUUUUUUGUUUUGUUUUCAUUAUUUCUGUGUGUUCUGUUUGAAAUGCUGUGAAUUGGAGCUUGUAGAUCAAAGCCCACGGUACUGCAGCAGACCUCUGCUGGAUUCACACUGAGAAGAAGGAGGCCAUGUUUCACUCUCUAAAGUAGAUGUAGAAAUGGCUGUUGGUUACACUAAUGGAUUUUCUCCUAAUACAGGUAGUUACAUUAUUGAUUAUUAAAAUGUCAGCAAGUUAAA